GUGAAUGCGCGGGCUCGAGCUCGAGCUCACGCGCGCACUCGCUGCUUGGUUGAUGACCCGGAUGCUCAGUGCUGCGAGCGGGAGAGAGAAGCGCCAGAGGCGGACUUCUCGAGCGCGCCCGUGGGCAAGCAGAGGCGAGGACUGCGCGCGUCCCCUUUUCCUUCCUCAUUAACGGCUCGGCGUUCGGAGUGCGGCUCGUGCGGGGUCCGUUGGAGGGGAGGGCGGACUGAGCGAGAGGUGGCUGGGCGGGCGAUGGAGACGGAGUGUAGGUGUUCGCCUGUCGCCGCUUCCACCGUCAUUGCGGGCUGAAAUGCAUCAGGUGUUUCUCAAAACGUCCCUGAAGAGAUCAAACCUGUCCAUUGACCCUGGGAGUCCCUGGCUUGUGACUGACGCUGUGGCGAAAGUUAAUUUGAGAAAGCAAUGAAUAUGCUGAGUGACUUCAGAAAUGCCGAAGUAUGAGGUUGAGGACUUGCAUCUUUUGAUUCUGGCACUCUUUAUUUUAGAAAAGCUGAAGAAAAUUGAUGGUCCCCAGCUUGAGUUGUUGUAGAAGGUUCUCAUGGAUGAAGGAGGUUCACAUACGAUUGGUACAACGGAGAAAAAUGGCUCUCCCAAGGAUGUAGAAAAGCCCGGUGCAACCAAUCAUCUUUCCUCAUUAAUUUCUGACGAAAAUGAAAAUCGGAUUCGUGAAACACAGAGUUCACCAUUCACUAAUGACAGAAUGGGAGAAUUUGAGCAGACCGAGCAAGAUGUAAUCAAUAACAAUGAUGACAAUGAUGAUAAAACUGGCUUUGAGCUUACACAAAAUAACUGCAUGGAUGCAGGUUGUGAGAUUUCGAACAGCAUUGCUAAUCAGAGCGCUGAACUUCCACGAGGGAUAGAAACAGUUAAGACUUGUGAUUCAGAAAUGGAAAGAAAUCUGAAAACUGCCACUUCUGGAGCCUCAGAGGAAACCACAGACAACUCUUCAGAGUUUUUAUGUAGAUCACUGAACACAGUUUUAAUUGACAGAAGUUCUCAACUAGAAGUAAACUGUCAGCAAGUCGACAGGAAACGACUUCUUCAGACUCUGCUGAGCUCCGUUCAGAGAGAAACAGAGUUAAAUGAUUCCUAUAGACUGCCAUAUUAUCUUCAUCAGAUUGCCGAGAUCUAUUUUGAUGAAGAAGAAUAUGAAAAAGCAAUACAGUUUAUUCAGCUGGAAAAGCUGUACCAUCAAAAAUUCCUGGCAAACCUUGCUGCUAUUCAGGAGGACUGGGAAGUGAAACAGAAGGCAGCAAUCGCAAGGGAGGUGACAGAAGGGAGGUCUGUUAAAGCUUUAGAUGACAAAAUAGUGAAGCUCUCAGAAUUCUGUGCAUCACACUCUAGACCAAAUAUAUCCGAAGACAAGGGAGAAGAUGCUUACAGGAAAGAUACUGUGGAAUGCAACUCACGUUUUACAGACCAGCCUAUAACUACAUCAAGAGAGCAAAGUGCAGAAUGUGAAGAUGCAUCAUUGGAAUUCGUGAAGGACAGGAAAAAAGAUUGUCUUGUAUCUGUACAGAUUGCAUUAGCUGUGGAUAAAAGCACUGAGAGAGUCUCUGCAAUGUAUUAUGCUGAAUCAUCGCUGGACGAACAAGUGGAAGCAGACAGAGCAAAGGGCAUGAUGCACUUUGAUAUUGAGACAGAACAUUUGUUCUCUGCAAACACUGAAAUGGAUAAAAGCUGCUUUCAGUCACAUGCUACUAUGCCUUGCAAGGACAUAGUAACUGGUGCACAACAAAUCGAUUCAGAGGGUUUCUCAGAAGCAGGAGUUGUUAUACAUGCUGGUCCAUUAUUCCAUGCAGAGGAAACUGAAAACCUACAUGGUGAUUUGAAACUUGCUGGCAAAACUACUGAGGAAAAUGUGCAAACACAGUUGUUGGAAUGUAAUAAACCUAUCAAAUUCAUUACAGAUGGCCUGGCUGUGUCCAAACAAAGUAAUCAUGUAUUUCAAGAACAUGUUGAAAGUGAUUCCAAUGAUUGUGUAAAUAAGGAAACUAUGUCCGGUAAUUCAGAAGAAAGUAUGAGGAUAGACGACCAAGCAACAAAGCAAAGCCAGACUGAUGUUUUGAAUGAAAUAAAUGAAUAUGAACAAAUCUCAGAAAAAGUAGCCUCAAAAGCAGAGGAGGAAAUUCAGUGCAGUGCGGCACUUAAUGAGAAUCGGAUGUCAUACGAAGGUUCAGAGAAAUGGGGGGAGGAUGAGUAUGUUGAAGCAUUCUGCAACUCUGUACGGGGCAUUGUCUCACCUGGUCAGAAAAAUGAUACUGAUGAGUUAUUGCAAUUGAAUGACAGUUCACUUUCUUUGGAUGAACUUGCUAAAAGGAUACAGAUAGAAGAGAAUACCCACCCAGAGGGUCUUGUGUCCAUACUUAAAAAAAGAAAUUCGGACAAAGAAAUCACAAGGGUGCAACAGAAGCAGUCAAAAAGGAGAGUAAGAUUUCAGGAACCCCAAGACACACUAGAGCAAGAUGAAGUAAAUGGAGAUUCCUGCCUCCUUUUAGUUCUAUUGUGCAUUGUCACAGUACUUCUGAGUGUCGGAGGAACAGCACUUUAUUGCACAUUUGGUGAUCUGGAGUCCAGUGUAUGCAGAGACUUCACAACACAAAUGAACUUCUAUUAUGCUCAGUUCCAACAAGCUGUUGAGAAAUUGAAGCUGUUAUUUUCCUAAAAUGACGUAUCUCCUUAAAUAGAAUUGAAGUAAUUAUGUAAGUCAUGGUUCAGAAGGAUUAGAUGAAAAACUUGAUAAUCUUGUAUGUGCUGCAAUGCAAUAACUGCUGUGAAAUGCAACAAUCACUAGGACAUAACACAGCAACGUCACAGCUGGAGUUUUGGCUCUCAACAAAUCAUAGCUUGACAUGGCAAGAAAGGAUAAAUAUGCAACUCCAUUGAAGAUCUUUGUGAAAUGUGGGAACAUAGCAGGCUUGCCAGUCACUUCCAGAAAAUUAGCUUUUGUGUAAUUUAUCUUUUAAGGGUGACUGGUGAAUAAUUCAUCAUACAGAUGUGAAUGAACAUUUUUGUACAUUGUUUUUGUAAUAGGUUUUACUGAUCAGUUUUAACAUCCUUUUCCCUGUUUAAAAAUGGUGGCAGUUGUAAUCUAUAUCGUUUUUUUUUCAAAACUAUUUUAAUUGUAUUCAGGUUACUUUGCUGCCUCAACUCUUUAAAUUAUUUACAACUUUCCUUUUAUGUUUAAUUUGGUAGUGAUAUGGUUUGAAAAUUAGUCUGAUUUCACGUGUCAACCUCUUCAUCUUGUUCCGAUGAUUUAUCUCUGCAGCCCAGUCCAAAAAAAUGCAAACACACACGUGAAUGUUUUGAAGCAGAUUCUUACUGCUAAGGUGAAAUUUUCUAUUUUCAUUUUAUAAUCAAAUGUACAUAUCUCCUAUUUGACAAGGUAAAUCACAAAGUAAAUGAUUACCUCCUAACUGGAAGUGUGAAUGAACAAGUAAGUUAUGACUUUCUUUCGAAGACAAUGAGAAAGCUUUCUUGUUAUUGUUGGAAUUUUGUUUUUUUCUUCCUUUUUAAAUAAUUUUGUAACUACUUUAACAAACUAUAUGCUGGUGUCCUGCUUUAUGAUGCAUUGGCAUUUUUUAACGUGGCAGUUGCAUCAGGGUUUGUUGCAAAAUAUUAUGCAGACAAAAGAUUUUGGUUAAUACCUCUGCUUUUUCCACACAGCAAAUUCCCCCAUUUGGUCUGAGAGACAGGGAGUUAGAAAGGGACUUUUAAAUACAAUCUGAUUGUGCCUGGUCAACUCAUUUUGAGCAGCAUUGACCAGCACUUGUGUUUAGCUUGCCUGCCACUUUACAGAUCAGUGGUAGCUUACAAUUGUUUAUAAAUUUAUCAUAGAAUCCCUACAGUAUGGAAACAGGCCCUUCGGCCCAGCAAGUCCACACCAAUCCUCCAAAGAGUAUCUCACCCAAACCCUAGUUCCAUACC